ACCAUGACGAUGGAUCAUGCGGUGCUUAGAUCACAGACGAGAAACAGCAACCAGUUUUAAAGUGAAACUUAGAGGGACGGUAGUAGAUAAGAAGCACUUUUUCUUGUGAUCGUUACAAAACCACAAAAGAAAAAACUCAAUGGAUUGUGGAGUUAUUACGUCCAAGACCGUAUUGCUUUUCCUCAGUUUGAUUUUCUGGGUAAUAGCAGGUGUGCUCAGUUAUGUCGGAACUUAUGUCAUCCUCUCUUACAAGAACUACAAUCACUUCAUUGAAGACAAGUAUGUCGUGGUGCCUGCAGUGGUUAUUAUUGGUGUUGCCAUAGUGAUGUUCAUCAUUGGCUUGCUUGGGUGUUGUGCAACACUCCGAGAAUCUCGGCUUGGGCUGGGCUGUUUCCUGUUUAUAAUCCUCUGUAUCUUUGUUGGUGAGGUGACUGCUUUUGUUCUGGGUGUCAUCUACAGAGGGAAGAUAGGACCAGAUCUGACAAAGGGAAUGAGUGGUGUUUUCCAGAAAUAUGAUGGUCAUAAUGCCGAAAGCAGAGCUGUUGACUAUUUACAGAAGGAACUUCAGUGUUGUGGUGUCGAUAACUUGACUGACUGGAAAAAAACAGAGUGGUUCAAGCAAGGAAAUGGCACAGUCCCUGUGAGCUGUUGCAAACUCAGCUUCUCGAAUUGCACAGGGAAUGUGAGCCAUAUGGAGGACCUCAAUACCCAGGGCUGUAAAGAGAAACUUGCUGACUUCUUUCAGAGGGUUCUUAGCUACGCUUUGCUGGUCAUUCUGGGAUUUGCCCUUGUUGAGCUGUUUGGGAUGCUGAGCGUGUGUGUCAUCACCUGCAAGAGGAGAGACAAUGAUCAGUAUGGCUAUGAACCCCUGAAACUCUGGAACUGUGGCAUGACAGGCAUACAUAAACACUACUUAUUCACAGAAUGUAACAGGGAAACAGUAAAGGGACACGUUCUUAUCCAGGAAACAUUUGAUUCUCUAUUGCAGGAUCUUCCCUCUCUUAAAAAAGGAGAGAUGACCGAAGUCUGGCUAACGUACUGCUGAAAAUUCUACCUGCUUCAGAGGUUCUGUCCUCCUUCCAGCUGAAGAAAUUGUCUUGCUGUUUUAGAACUACUUUAUCCACAAGUUCAGAUCUUUAUGGUUUUAGUUUUAGAACUGUUUUCUCCCAUGAAAAGAUUGUAAUUAUUUUUUUUCCUCUAACCUAUUCUAAUUUGUUUUUAUUCACUGACAAGUAAAUAUGUUGACUCUGCAUUGUCAGGUCAGUAUUUAAGAGUAGCUGUUCUUUGAAAGCUGAUGCAUUUUGGCUGUUCAAGGUUCUUUGCAGUUAUGCAAGUGAGAUUGUAUUUCUAAAACACCUUGCAGAAAUAUUUCCAGAUUGAAUGAAUUUGUUUAAUGAUGAGACUGACAUGAAUACUCCUAGAGGUAAAAUAAGUUUUCGGCACAUGCUCUUUAAAGAUUAAUAAUUUGUUUUUUAAUCCUAAUGUACACAUGAGAUUUUUACAUUGUGCAAAGCUGAACAAGUGUCUGUUUAAAUGUAUUCCAUGUGCAUUCUUAAUGAAAAUGUAUGAAUAUUUGUGUAAUUUUCUGACAGUGAGUGACAGGGUGUGGGGCACUUUAUUACAGGAUUUAACUGCAGAAACAGAGCAGUCUGACUACCAUGGUCAGAAACAUAUACUUUAAUAAAACAAAAGUUGAUAAAAACAAAUAGAUGAGCAUUUCUGAGUUGUUAAAAAAAACUCAUUGGAUCUAAUAAAAUGAGGCUUAGUUAACUGUUUAAUGUAUGUGUAACCAAUCAAAAUUCUCUUAAUAAUGCAAACCCCUUGGCUUGUGAACAAAUCACAAUGCAAGAAUUCACCAUAAUCUUAAAUGAUUCCAAAUAUUGGUCAGAAUACUGGUAUUUAUACAUAAGAAUUACAAGAGGCGAAAACGAUUUGAGUUGUAUAAUAAAAGAAACAAUCAGAUAUGUUCGAUACUAACAUUAUCUAAUAACUAUGUAAAAACAACACUUGCUCCUUAUAGAUGCGUGUCAUCUCUUGGUGUUGCAUAUAACGUAUGUAAAAGGAAAUCAUUGGUUACUCCCCCAAACCAACUAUAGAACAUUCACAAAUUGAUAAAACCAAUCAGGUAUGUUGAAGUUUAACAUGAUCCAAUCACUAUAUGAGAUAACACGCAUCACUAAUAGGGGCAUGUUAACCCUUAAUACUACAUAUGUAUGUAAAUUAAACAUUGGUUAUCCACACUAAAAUUAAUGAAAGAACAUCCAGAAAUGGAAUCACAGUUCAAUAGUUCAUUCUUAUAUUUUCAAAAACAUCUGUGUUCCUUCACACAGAUCUUAAAAUACAGGAGGUCCCCUUUGUAUAUUAAAUGAAAUACAUUUCCAGUACAUGAAUGAAAAACAUUAAUUAUCCACCCUCGAGUAAACGGGGAAAAAAUAUAUUCAAAAACAGAAUCACAAUCUAAUGAUUCGCUCUUAUUUGCUCAAUAAAACACCAAAGUUCCUUCACACAGAUCUUAAAAUAUGGGAGGUAUUCGUUAUCUGUAUAACAAACUGCAGAAUAGAUACACAUGUUAGAGGCAAUGAUUAACCAAAGCUACAUUCAUAAAUGAACAAGUGUCCCUUCCAGAGGAGCAUGCAUCAUUAAAGGACAUUCAAAUGUAUCCAAAACUAUCCAUGUCCAAUCACUGAGAGGUGACACGCACUCCUGAUGGAGACAUGUUAUUCCUUAAUAUCACAUGUCAUAUGUGCGAAUGAAAACUAUUAGUUAGUUGUCUGUUCAAACUUUGCAUUAUCUCUAGUCAAUGAGAAAAUAUAACUACUCCCCAAACAAAAAUAGUAAGUUGAACGACAAUCAAAGAUGUCAUUAUCCAAUCACUUUAAUAGGCAACACACACCCCUUAAGGGGGUGUGUUAUUCCUUGAUGUUGCAUGUCAUAUAUAUUAAAGAAGGCCAUUGGUUGUCCAUUCAGGUUUCAUCGAUUCACAAACAAGUGAGAAAGAGUAAUAAAGCAAAACUACAGUACAAUGGUUCACUCAAGGCUAUUACACAGAACAUCAAUAUUUCUGUGCACAUAUCUCAUUUAUAUGUGUGCGUUGCCUAUUACAGUGAUUGGAUAAUGACCUUUGAUUGUUGUUCAGUUUUCUAUUCAUGUUUGGAGAGUAGUUAUAUUAUUUCAUUGGCUAGAGAUACAGUAAAGUGUAAACAGAUAACCAGUAGUUUUCAUUCACACAUAUGACGCAUAAUAUUAAGGGAUAACACACCUCUGACACAUAAUAUUAAGGGAUAACACACCUCCAUCAGGAGUGCAUGUCACCUCUCACAGUGAUUGGACAUUGAUAGUUUUGGAUACAUUUGAUUGGCCUUUAAUGAUGCAUGGUACAAAAAGAUUACAGAACUGUGUUCCUCUGGAAGGGAAAAUUUGUUUGUUUAUAAAUGUAGCUUUGGUUAAUCAUUGCUUCUAUCCUGCUUAUCCAUUCUGCAGUUUGCUGUACACAUAACUGAUACCUCCCGUAUUCUAAGAUCUGUGUUAAGGAACUUUGGUGUUUUAUUGAGCAAAUUACAGUAAAUCAUUAGAACAUGAUUCUGUUUUUGAAUGUAUUUUUUUCCAGUUUACUUGAGGGUGUAUAAUGUUUUUCAUUAUUGCAUAUGAUAUGUAUUUCAUUUUAUACACAACGGGGAUCACCUGUAUUUUAAGAUCUGUGUGAAGGAACUAUGAUGUUUUUGAAUAUAUAAGAAUGAACUGUGUAAGAAUGAGCUAUUGAAUUGUGAUUCCAUUUUUGGAUGUUCUUUCAUUAAUUUGAGUGUGGAUAACCAAUGUUUCACUUACGUACAUGAUAUGUAGUAUUAAGGGAUAACCGUGCAUGUUGUCUCAUAUAGUGAUUGGAUAGUGUUAAACUUCAACAUACCUGAUUGGUUUUAUCGAUUUGUGAAUGUUCUCUAGUUGGUAACCAGUGAUUUCCUUUUACAUACAUUAUACGCAACACCAAGAGAUGACACUCCUGUAUAAGGAGCACGUGUUUCUACAUAGUUAUUGAAUAAUGCUAGCAUCUAACAUAUCUGAUUGCUUCUUUUAUUAUACAGCUCAUGAAUGAUUCUUGUCCUUUGUAAUUUGUAUGUAUAAACAUUAGUGUUCCAACCAGUGAUUUGAAGAAUUUAAGGUUAUGGUGAAUACUUGCAUUGUGAUUUGUUCACAAGGCAAGGGAUUUGCAUUAAGUGAAUUUAGAUUGAUUAGAUGUACUUUAAAUAGUUAACUAAGCCGUGUUUUAUUAGAUCUGUAAAGAGUUGUUUGAUAACUCAAAAGCACCUAUUUCUUUUUAUUAACUUUUGUUUUAUUAAAGUAUAUGUUCCUGACUGUAGUAGCCAGACUGUUUUGUUUUUUGCAGUUUUAUCCAUUUUGUUCAGUUCCGACUUUUGGGAGCUGCUGGUUUUGGCUUGUUUUUUAUUGCAGGAUUUGUACUUGUCUAUAGCACUGCAUUUGUAAUUGGCUCCAAUAAACACCAAUUUGUAAACA